UCUUUCUCUCUUCCAUUUCACACACUUCAGCUCUCCACUUCCCUUCCAUCGAUCUUUCUUUUGUUUCAUCCACAAGUAAAUCAAAUGACCACUUCCUCUUCUUCGCUUGUGGCUCUGCAUCUCACAUCCGCUCCUCGUCUUCUUUCCGCCUUUUCUCCCUCAAUUCGUUCCCGAAGGCCUCCCUCUGCGUUUCGUCUCAGAACUCGUGCUAUGGGCGCCGAUUUUCUCGGCGAUUUUGGCGCCAGAGACCCCUUCCCUGCUGAAUUGGAAAGCAAUUUUGGAGAGAAGGUAGUGGGUUACUCUGACACCGAGCACAAAAUCCUUAUCCCCAAUCUCUCUGCUCUUUCCCUUGCACAGCAACAGUGCUCUCCUGUUUCGCCCCUGCAGUCUCCCAUGUCUGAAGAUGAUGCCAAAAAACUGUUGAAGAAGAUUGUUGGUUGGAGACUACUGCAUGAAGAAGGUGCACUUAAACUUCAAUGCUUGUGGAAAGUGAGAGAUUUUAAACGUGGAGUUGAGCUCAUCAACAGGAUCCUUAAGGUUACAGAGGCUUCAGGCCAUUUCCCAAAUCUCCAUUUCGAACAACCAAAUCAAGUGAGGGCAGAAUUAUGGACAGCUUCCAUUGGAGGAUUGAGUAUGAAUGACUUCAUAGUCGCGGCGAAGAUAGAUGAGAUCAAGACAUCAGAUCUGGCCCCAAAGAAAAGGGUUUGGGCUUAAUGGAUCUUGACACCCAUUAGCCACUGUACAAGUAGAACGUCCUUUUCACAAAAUCACCCAUUGUCUGGAAUCAUAAAGAAAUUAGAGAACUUGCUGAGAAGAACUGGAUGAUCAGUUUUAAUCAUGUAUGCAGAAAAGUAAAUCAAUGUGCUAACUGGCUUGCUUACCAAAUCAUGAAUGAUAAUUUAGAUAUUAAGAUUUAUGAUGUGCUUCCAACAGGGUGAGGAGUUUCUUUUAUGAUUUAAUUGUUUGUCCUUUUGCACAAUUUUUAUCCGUGAGCUUGUAUUAAAAAAAUCACUACUAGCCUGGAUCGGGUUGGAUUCCAUAUUCAUUCUCCUUAUUUUUUUAUUAAUGGUCAUUUUCCUUA